AUGGAUGUCGCCAGUCAGAGUACCACACGCAAAUCAAAUCUCCGUAACCUUCAACCACGUGCUGCUGCCGCCAUCGACUUCAAUGACAGUGAUGAUGAUGAUUGCAAUCCCUUGAGCGCCGAUUACAAGGCCCAGCGCGAGACUACAAAAGACCUUGUGGACUUUUUCAAGAACGCACCCCCGCCAUCUUCACCAGCCACAACUCCUCUCUCAAGUAUAGUCGUAGAUGAAAAAAAGAAACGUACAUUGCUCCAGCGGUUAAGGUCUCGCAAGGCUAAUCUCCCCAUGGGAGGAAGCACCAGGGGCCGGAAUGUAGUGCUGGCACCGUCCUUGCAAAGCUCUAGCAGCUCACUUGGUUCCCAUAGUAGGGUAGGCAGCGAGGUUGCCAUCCUACCGAAUGGGAAAAAGUACGUCAUGAUUGCUGUCGAUUACAAAGAUUCGAAAGAUGCUGGAGCAGGUCCAGGGUUAACACACACCGUCCCCAGCUCCCUCAGCUCGAGUAAUGUUGGAAGAUUACCAGGCCUUACAUCGCCCAAACGUCUGAACUUCAACAACGUUGGUGACGACUCGGGAUCAAAGCGGGAGUCAACCUUAAAUAAGAAGCCCAGCAUCCAGCUCACCACCGCCAUCGAAGGACGUACAGAUACUAACAAUAGUAUGGAAACAAGCAAAGUAUCUAAUGGGGCUGAUAAGCACCGUUCUAUCGCCAUUCAGGCUGGUAGCGGCGAAGGCUCCAAUUUUAUUUUGGAUAGUAGCCCAUUCAUGCUUGAUAACUUUGCAUUGAACCCAGAGUACGUCACAAAGACCGGUACUGCUCAGACACAAUUGAACGGUCAGCAGGCCGACGAUACAGCUAACGUAGUCAGACCCCGGACGCACCAUUCAUCCAAAUCAAGCCAAUAUCAAUCGUCCAAUGACAGUGGCUCUAAGCGAAGCACCAGAGUUACUUUCAAUAUCGCCGAUCAGCCACAGGAGCAGCCGUCGCAGCAGCCUUUGAGCAAAGAAGCCCUUUCCAAGGCUUUAGCUGGACGAAUAAGCAAACACAAGGCCCAGACAGCCAAAGGCAUGCUCCUUGAGGAAACAGGGAAUACACGUUCUAACGGCUAUAGCACAAAGACGAAGACCACAGUCCCUGAAGUGAUCCUUCCCAAGCCCGUAACGAGGAAGAAAGUACGACAUGUUCAAAUCCAGACGCAGCACUGUGUUACGCGUCCCAUGUAUACACAAACUGAGCCUCUUGGGUCACUGGCCCAGGAUUACGAAGCAAAGGAAUUCGCCACACAAACGGGUUCUUCAAGACGUGUCUCUGGGACAACUGACGUUGGAAUGUCGACGGAUAGUGAAUCAACGAUCAUUUCGCCACCAAGGUCAUCCCCCACCAAGGGCUCGAUGGCUUCUACAUCUAUCGCCACUACUGCAACAGAUACCAAAGACCAAGGAUUCUCAACUUUGGAUGCAGCCACUAAUACUACUUUUAAUAACAGUACUUUUUCAACAGUGGCUAAAGUUUCAGGGAUGACAGAGAAUGAAGAGUUGGUCUUCCUGCGGCAACAAAAUUCAGCUCUGCAAGUACAGGUAGCGAUGUUGCAACGGGAUUUGGCAGCGGAGACACGAGCACGUACACGAACAGCAGUCGCCAUGCAGGACACGCGGGACAAGUUCGAGAUGUUAUCAGCGAUGGCGUAUAAAAAGCUCAAGGAGAUGAUAUUUCAACGCCAUGUGCUUGAGAUGGAGGUGAGAGAGCUCCGAGCACAAGUGGACAUGCACAACGAGGAGGCAAUGUAUCCGACAGAGGUCCAUCAUGAAUAUAUUACCGUUAACUUGCAACAAUGA